UAGAUUUUGUUCGUUUCCUUGUCAAACAUCCGUUGAUGCCGCGCCUCCACUUCCACUCCGGCGAUUUUGUUGGUUAUACCCGCAGUAAACCUUUGCGCUUUGCUCCGAUCGGCUAGACCGAUUGCUUUGGAUGGUUUAAUUAACUGUAGAUUACACUAAAAUCUAAUAAUGGCUCAACAAAACCUCUUCAGCUAUGAGACAUUUGUUCGAGCAAUUGCUGGGGCCACUGGCAGCAUAAUCUCAAUGUCAGUGUUUUAUCCUUUGGACACAGUAAGAUUUCGAAUGCAAUUGGAAGAUGAACAUUCUGAGUAUUUAAAGACAUUGAACACAUUCCAAGCUGUUGUACAUAUAUUAAAGAAAGAAGGAUUUGAAGCUCUCUAUCGAGGUGUAAAACCAGUUCUGCAGAGUUUAGGUGCUUCAAAUUUUGUAUACUUUUAUACAUUUCAUGGACUGAAAAAAGCUGGUAGUGGCUAUCAUGAUCUUGCAUUGGGUAUUAUUGCAGGCAUUGCAAAUGUGUUGACUACUUUACCUUUGUGGGUAGUCAACAGCCGAUUGAAGAUUGAAAAACCCAUUUACUAUUCUGGUCUGCUAGAUGGCUUAGUCCACAUUGCCAAUACUGAGGGAGUUAGCGCACUUUGGAAUGGCGUUGGCCCGUCUCUAAUGCUCGUGAUCAAUCCAGCAAUUCAAUUCACAAUCUACGAAGCUCUGAAACGGCGUAUUCCGGUACGUGGAGCUGGGGCGUUCUUCAUUUUGGGUGCCAUCGCGAAAGCCUGCGCCACCAUCGCUACAUACCCGAUUCAGUUGGCGCAAACAAAACAACGUCACGGUAUCAAUAGCAAUGUUAGCACGGCUGCAUUAUUACUCUCGAUUUUGAAACGCAGCGGCCCAGCGGGUUUGUUUCAGGGACUUGAAGCUAAACUGCUUCAAACUGUACUAACAGCUGCUCUUAUGUUUGUGUCGUACGAGAAGAUCGUACGAUUUGUGUUCUCGAUACUUCUUAAUAACAAACACAAGCUAAAAGCUUGAUGACUAUUCUAAUUCUGGGUGAUAUUUUAGUUAUUUGCGGUUUUAUGUAAUUUGUUUUGGCCAGUAGACAGUAGAAUGUUUGUAGUACAAUUAUAAAAUAACUCAAUUUAGGUGUAGCUGUAAGUGAUGUUCAUGUGUAUGUUAUUUAUACAUUAGGGACUAUUGUAUGUGGUACACAAUAACGGAAUAAUGGAUUUAUACAAUAUUUAAGUUGCACGUGGAUGGUAAUUUAGCUAGUCAAUUUUUUAUAACAUCUGAUGAUGCUUUAUAAUUUGGUUGUGUACGUUUUUUGAUAAUUAUUAAAUAAUUAUCAAGGAAA